CCUGUCAUCACCGCUUGCAGUUGAAAUCCUUUCGGCAAUUUACUAGUUGACAAAGCUCCCUUGAAUGAAUUACCGUUCGAUUUGAGUUUCUAUUAAAGAUUUUAAAUUUAUUUAUUCGGUGGCCAGACUACUUUAGUUUUGUUAAACAAUUUUUUGUGAGUCAUGAUUACUACCUAAGGUCGAGAGGGAUGAACCAGGACCAAGAAGUUCCAACUGCAGUCAGUGAAUUAAGUAGACUUGGGUGUCUGUUCGGUUCCCCCUUCUCUUCGACGUGCUACCAGCAGUAUCAGGAGCAUUACAAGUCCACUCCACCCGCCGGCGUAUUCCCAACAGACUGGAGAGAGCCCUGGCAUCAAGAAGGGAACAGUUGUGAAACUGACGAUAGUGAGCAGUAUGUCUCAGAUUCGGACUUUCAGCAGCAGAAUACCAGUCAGAUAAAGCCGGAAAAUAACAUGUCGGAUCUGCUAAACAAACCUCCAACAUAUCCUAGUUCGUAUUCAGGGAACGACAAUUUUGACGGGGUGUACGCCCCCACCUACCAACACACUGGAUGUUUUUACUCAAAUCCCAUUUACAACAGGUCUACUUCACCAGUAGUACCCAGAGGUAAUGAGCACAUUACGAGUAACUUACAAGGAAUUCAUCAAACUAACUUACCCAUAAAACAAGAACCUGCAGACAGAGACUUUGAAGGCAACUUUAGGACGUGUUACGACAAAUGCAAAAGCACGCCGGCGAGUAAAAGCCACUGGAAGCAGCCGAUGGGCCUCAUCAACCCAGAUAAAACUCUGGACGAGAAGUGUCGCGAAUCUGCCGAUAAUCGAUCCAACUUCCAGAAUGCAAGUGGCAGAAGAGGGUCACUGCAAUUGUGGCAGUUUUUGGUGGCACUUUUGGACGCGCCAGACGCCAGUGCUGGCUGCAUAGCCUGGACAGGCCGAGGGAUGGAGUUUAAAUUGAUCGAGCCCGAAGAGGUGGCCCGGAGAUGGGGCGCUCAGAAAAACCGGCCAGCGAUGAAUUACGACAAACUUAGCCGAUCGCUGAGAUACUACUACGAAAAGGGCAUAAUGCAGAAAGUUGCAGGGGAGAGAUAUGUUUACAAAUUUGUUUGUGAUCCUGAUGCUUUGUUCAAUAUGGCUUAUGGAGGGCACCAUGAAAAUUCAGUGCGGUCGCAAAUCGCAAAUCGGCCGGAAAAUCUUAGUACGAAAACUGAAACUCAUCAUCUGGCUUACACAGAUAUGCUCAAUUUCUAUAAUUGUGGAAUUGCCCAUCCCUACCAACACCUGCAUCCGUAUUUGCAAGAUUCGAAGCAUUCGCGUUAUCCGUGAGAUGAUUUGGUGCGUUUGAUUUUGGCGAAAUUUCUUCUUUUAUCUUGAUGCUAGUCAGUUGUAAGUCAUUCAUUUUGUGUAAAUUAUUAUAAAUACGUAAAUGUUGUAACAAAUAAA